AUGAAUCAACUACAGGGUCCUCGUGGUCUCUUCGUUGAUGAUGAUCAAACAAUGAUCAUCGCUGAUUGCUACAAUGAUCGUGUCAUUCAAUGGAACGUAGGUGAUGGGAAUUCACAGGUGAUAGCUGGCAGCCGUGGCGAAAGAAAUCGAUUAGAUCAAUUAUAUUGCCCAACCGAUGUAUUGGUCGACAAAACAACUGACAGUCUUAUUCUUUGUGAUAAUGGAAAUCAACGAGUCUUACAAUGGUGUCGUCAUAGUGGCAUAACUCAAAGAGAAAUCCUCAUUGACAAUAUCGCGUGUUGGGGAAUAGACAUAGAUGAUCAGAGAUACUUUUACAUUUCUGACACCAACAACCAUGAAGUAAGACGAUAUCAAAUAGGAAACCAGAAUGGAAUUCCCGUGGCCGGUGGUCAUGGCAAAGGUGAUGGUCUUAAUCAAUUCAACGUUCCUACCUACAUCUUUGUCGAUCGACAACAGGCUGUCUACGUAUCAGAUUCGAGGAAUCAUCGUGUUAUGAAAUGGGACAAAGGUGCAACAGAAGGGACUGUUGUCGCUGGAAGUGGAGGUCAAGGGAAGAGUUUGAAACAAUUGUCGAGUCCUAGAGGUCUGUUUGCCGAUACGUUGGGUACCAUCUAUGUAGCAGAUGGGGGAAAUCAUCGAGUGAUGCGUUGGCCUAAAGGUGCUACACACGGCACUAUCAUUGUAGGUGGGAAUGGUUGUGGAGAUGGAGAAAAUCAGUUGUGGACUCCCAUGGGUUUAUCCUUUGAUCAAUAUGGCAAUCUGUAUGUCGUUGAUUGGGGGAAUCAUCGAGUUCAACGUUUUUCUAUUGAAUAG